AUUCGAGGAUGUUGUUUCUUGAUUUUGGAUUGAGUAUUCCAUCGAUCCGUCUUUAGUUUUUAGAUAGGUUAUUUAUAGAAAAAGGUUGCAAUUUUUUAAAAAUAUUUUAUUAUUUCCGUAUUUUGAAGUAACAUCUUGUUUUUCGCUAAGAAAUAUACUGUGGUAAUUAGCUUCAUAGUGCUGACUUUUAUUUGUUGAUUCUCCGUGACUUUCUUUGAUUAGUUCUGGUAGUUUCAUUAUACCAAAAAUCGUCGCAUCACCUCCAAGCAAUUGUGAUUUGUACAUAGUCUUCCUGUUGAUUCACAAAACCCGCCAAACUGGGGAACUGCGUAGAAAUUUGUAAAGUGGCUAUCAGAAAUGCCCCUGGAGUGGGUCCGGGGUGUUCUUUGCCACCAGAAAGACGAAUGACCACGCCUCCAUUGGACAGACGUGUAGCAGCAAUUAGAGAUGAAUCACAGGGUAAAAGUAGUGUAGCAAGAAAAAGAAAAUGUAAUAAUAUUAUACCACCAUCAGAAAGUCAGAUGAGAGCUUUGGAGGAUAGUUUGCGGAAUAUCGAUGGAAUCAGCAGCCCAUCUGGUUUCGGUAAAACUACCUCCAUCGUUUUCUCAUUAAGAAAUCAAAUUGGACAUUUGGCUAGUGCCCUACAAAUAUUCCAGGAAAAUAAUAUCAAUGUUGUUCAUAUCGAAUCGAGAAAAUCUCGGAUGAAGGAUGCUCAGUAUGAUAUAUAUGUUGAUGUUGAAACAGACAAUAUAAGAUUAGAAGAAUUGGUUAACAGAUUAAAGAAAGAAGUAGCUAAUAUAACAUUUAAUGAUAUAACGGUACCAUUGUCUCCACCACCAAAUGUACAAGAUUCAUGUGAUAUGUCAAAUGUACCAUGGUUUCCCAGAAGUAUUCAAGAUCUUGAUUUCAGUGCACAUCGGGUUUUAAUGUACGGAACUGAAUUAGAUGCCGACCAUCCAGGAUUUAAAGAUGAAGUAUAUCGUGAAAGAAGAAAUUAUUUCUCCAAGAUUGCUAUGCAAUAUAAACAUGGGGAACCCAUACCUAGAGUUGAAUAUUCAAACGAAGAAAAAUGGACGUGGGGAACAGUAUUUAGAGAAUUGACAACAUUAUAUCCAACUCAUGCUUGUAGGGAAUAUCUUACUAAUAUACCUCUAUUAGUUGAACACUGUGGCUACAGACAAGACAAUGUACCACAACUUGAAGAUGUUUCUAAUUUCCUUAAAGCUCGAACCGGAUUUCAGCUUCGACCAGUUGCAGGCUAUUUAUCAUCACGUGAUUUUCUGGCAGGGUUGGCCUUCCGAUUAUUCCACUGUACACAAUAUAUCCGACACAGUUCUGAUCCUUUUUACACACCAGAACCAGAUUGUUGUCAUGAGCUGAUGGGUCAUAUGCCUUUAUUGGCGGAUGCCAGUUUUGCUCAAUUUUCUCAGGAAAUAGGUUUGGCUUCUCUUGGUGCAUCAGACGAAGAGGUGUCUAAACUUUCAACGUGCUACUUUUUUACUGUGGAGUUUGGUUUGUGUAAACAAGAUGGUGAUUUACGAGCUUAUGGUGCCGGACUUCUCUCUUCUAUUGGAGAACUAAAACAUGCUUUGACAGAUAAAGCAAAGAAGAUUAGGUUUGAACCGAUGAGAACAAGUCAGCAAGAAUGUCUGAUCACAACAUUUCAAGAUGUUUAUUUCUUUACUGAUAGCUUUGAAGACGCCAAGGAAAGAAUGAGGCAAUUUGCCAGUACAAUAAAACGACCAUUUGCUGUGCGCUACAAUCCUUACACCAACAGUGUGGAUGUUUUAGACAACACGAGAUGCAUUGCUACGGUUGUGAGCGAACUAAAGGGGGAUCUUUGUAUUGUCAGCGAUGCUUUAAGGCGAUUACAGAUGCUGGAGAAGAAAUUAAAUGAAUACGAAAACAAACCCAACCAUUCCCUGGGGUCACCUCUUGACAGACCUUCUCGACAUGUGACUGAAAAGCUACAAAUGAUUGGUCAACGAGAGAGUAUUGAUUUGUCGUUAUAACUAGCCGACUGUUUGUAUAGAGCUCUCACAUCUAAAACCAUAAACUUUUUGAAAACAUUUUGAACAGUUUUAUUCAAUCUAAUUUAAAAACAACAAUUUGUUAAAAAAAAAAAAAAAAGAGUAAUAAGAAGCACCUGGUAAAUGGCCACAGAUCACCAAAGAUUUCCCCUUGGAACAAACUGUGGCAACUUCUUGCUUUAAAGAAUCCGUGAGGUUCCCCAUAGAAAUCUUGUGUAAAAAAACCCAUGAAACUAGUAUACUAGUAAACACGUAAUAGUCCGUUGUGCAUUUCAACUAACCAACCACUUUAAAAUCACUUAUAUUUCCCUCUCAAAAUCAUAAAUAUUGAACAAACCAUGGCAGAAAUCAUAAAUUCAAACCCCUUUCAUCCAUUCUAAAACACAAAUUGUCAUUGAAAAUGGCAAGGUGUAUAGAGAGAGAGGUAUACUAAUGCGCAGAGGGAACGAAGUGUGUGUGUGUGGAGGGGGGGAUUAAUGGUGGUCUGUGUCCUGUGUACCACUUUCAAAUUUUAAGAUAAACCAAAUUUGUGUACGUUUCCGGGUUAAUUUAUAUUAUAUUUUGUUAUUAAAGAUACAUUCCCGCGUACAAACUGGGCGAUUUAAUGGUAUAUAUGGACUAAAAACAUAUUCAAACUAAUUAAUUUGUCAUAAUUUUGCUUCAAAUCCUCCUCAAACAUUGUAAUUGCGAAGGAAUGCUCUGCUAUAAAAAUUAGAUCAAACCAGGUCAUGUUUACGUCACGUGACUUACCUCUCUUGGAAGUCAGAGGAGAAUUCAUUGCAUACAUAAGACGAUGUUGUCUUUAAUCGCUUACUAUUUAUUACAGAUAUCGAAUCCUAAUUAAAUUCUCGGAUUAUCAACUACCCGCGUUUUUUUCCGUCAUUUUUAUCUCAGAAAGUGUUGUACGUCUAACUCUUCAUAAAGUUUAUCAACUUGUACAUCAAGCGCUCAAUGUUCGCGUGUGACCUUUGACAUCACGCGUGCAGAAAUUUCUAAUCGUCGGGCUGUCGAUUAGGGGAACCCUAACAUUUUUAUCCUGUAUACGCUCCAUGAGUGUUUUUCGGGGAAUCCAGUAUUUUUCUAGUAAGAUUGAAUAUCUCUACUUUCCAUAUAUACCAAAAUUGCCAUAUUUUUAUUGGAAAUAACCACCCGACAAAUACUUUUCUUGGACCCAUCUUAUCAUAAUAACUGUGUUAAAUAACCACUGAAAUUAACACUGUAUUUAUUUAUUUAUUUACUUAUUUUAUACUUUCCUUGGUGGAAUUGUCUCUGUUUACAGAAAUUGGUUGACGUUGCUGCCAUUAUUGUUGUUGAUGGCCCAAAUAAUAAUGAGUUAAUAUUUCUUGAACGGAAGAGCAGUUGUAUGCGUUGUAAAUCUAAGAGUUUGAAAGAUUAAGUUUGUUGUAAAUAUGUGCAGAAAUGAUAAAUAACUGCAAUGUAUAGUACAUUUUUAUGGAUAGACCGACUGGUUUGUUCAGGUUUAAACCAAUUGUAUUGGUGAUAAUACCCCAUUUUUUUCUGUUUAAUUUAUGAAAUAAACCAAAUCUAAGU